AUGUCCUCUCCCAAGCAUCCAAAGCAUCCGGAGCUUUACAUUACCACAGUCACAUUCCUAGUGGAAAACUGUUUGUUCAGGGUUCCACGGAAGCCAUUAGAAGAGGAGUCGACAGUCUUCAGAGACAUGUUUCUCCUCCCGCAACCCGUAAAUGAGAUGAUAGAGGGCCAGGAUGAUGCAAGACCAGUAGUCUUGCACGACGUUUCCAAGGACGAUUUUGAAUGCCUGUUGAAGGCUCUAUUGUGCAGACAACAUGGGCAGAAUAAGGGCCUAGUGCUUGGUCUCACCGGCCAAUGGAUAUCUGUCCUCAAGUUAUCCACGAUGUGGGAAUUCACAAACCUUCGCACAGCAGCCAUAUCUUGGCUGGAUAUCGGCAAUGGGGAUCUUGAUCACGUUGACAAGAUUGUGCUCGCCAUGCAAUAUAACAUCAAGGAGUGGCUACUGCCUUCUCUUCUCGCAUUAGCCCAGAGACCUGAUCCGAUCAGUGUCGAGGAAGGCAGAUAUCUGGGUAUUGAAACUGCACUAAAAUUGGCGUCGGUGCGGGAGAAGCUCAAGCUGAAAAGAAAGGAUAGUGGCGGUUCUAAACUUGUUGUCGGUGACAGGGACAUCACAGCUGCACAACUUGACUUCACGCCCAUGAUACAGAAGGUCUUCGAAUUAUAG